GUUUUCCAUUCCUUUUUCCAGUAUAGCUUCAUCCUUUUUAUCCUUUUCUUUAUUUGUUUCAACCUAGGCUAUGAAACUGAAAAUGUUGACUCAGAAUAUUCCUCUGGAAGAAACAUCUCGUGAUGUAGAAAUGGAAGGAUUUGUGACAGAGAGUUCCUGUUUCUCCAGUGUAUGUGACAACCAAGAUUAUGAGAGCCAGGAGGGUCAUUUGAGGCAAUCAUCUUUGAUUCAGGGGAAGCCAAGGGCUGAGAAAAUAGGUUGUGAAUAUUCUGGUUUUGGGGAGAAUAUGAAUGCAAACUCAGACCUCCCAAUGUCUGAGAGAAUUCUCCUAACAAAUGGUUUGCAUAUAUGUGAUUCAGGUGCUCAAGGUCUGGAUUGUGACUUAAGCAUCCACAGUUGUCCUCAGAGUUAUGUAGCUAAAAGAGUUGGCAACAGUGAUGCUUGUGGAAAAUCUUCCAACCAUUCCUUGGAGGUUAUUCAGCUUGGAAGAAAUCAAAUGAGAGAGAAAUCCUAUAAAUACCCCAAAAGUGUUAAAUCUUUCAAUCAUUCUACCCUUCUUGGUGAGCAGAAAAUAAUGAAACGAACCAAAAAAUUCUAUGGUGGUAAUGACUUUGAGGACAUCUUUACCCUGAGCUCAUCUCUUAGUGAAAGGAGGAGGAGUUAUCCUGGAGAGAAGCCAUAUAAAUGUACUGAGUGCGGUAAAUGCUUCAAACGGAAUUCUUCUCUUGUGUUGCAUCACCGAACUCACACUGGAGAAAAGCCUUAUACUUGUAGUGAGUGCGGAAAAUCCUUCUCCAAGAACUACAACCUGAUUGUGCAUCAAAGGAUCCAUACAGGAGAGAAGCCGUACAAAUGCAGUAAGUGUGGAAAAGCAUUCAGUGAUGGGUCGGCUCUGACACAACACCAGAGGAUUCACACAGGUGAAAAACCAUAUGAAUGUCUAGAAUGUGGAAAAACCUUCAACCGAAAUUCAUCCCUGAUUUUGCAUCAAAGAACUCAUACAGGGGAAAAGCCAUACAGAUGUAAUGAGUGUGGGAAACCCUUCACUGACAUCUCCCACCUCACUGUGCAUCUCAGAAUCCACACUGGAGAGAAGCCUUAUGAGUGCAGUAAAUGUGGAAAGGCUUUCCGAGAUGUUUCAUACCUUACCCAGCAUGAGAGAACCCACACCGGAGAGAAACCAUUUGAAUGUGUGCAGUGUGGAAAAUCCUUCAAUCGCAGCUCUCACCUCCUUGUGCAUCGAAAAAUCCAUUCUGGAGACAAACCCUAUGAGUGUAAAGAGUGUGGGAAAACAUUCAUUGAGAGUGCAUACCUCGUCAGGCACCAGAGGAUUCAUACUGGUGAGAAGCCCUAUGGCUGUAACCACUGUCAGAAACUUUUCAGGAACAUUGCUGGCCUUAUCAGGCACCAGAGGACUCAUACUGGUGAGAAACCUUAUGAAUGUAAUCAGUGUGGGAAAGCUUUCCGGGACAGCUCCUGUCUGACCAAGCACCAGAGAAUUCACACUAAAGAGACUCCAUACCAUUGUCCAGAAUGUGGGAAAUCCUUUAAGCAGAACUCUCACCUGGCUGUACAUCAGCGACUCCAUAGCAGGGAGGGUCUCAGCCAGUGUCCUGAGUGUGGGAAGACAUUUAGAAGGAGCUCGUCCCUUGUCCAACAUCUGAGAACGCACACUAAGGGACAGCCUGUGGAAACAUAAUGAUUUGGGGCCAUAGUUUUCUCCUAUUUCUUAGAACAUGCUCAAAAACCUUCAUGAAAGAGUUGUCUUCAGAUAGGACUUUUCUCCUUGGUGACAGAAUAUUUUAAAUUAACCUGUGGGAUUGAUGAAUAUGAAACAUUCUUUAACUGAUAAAUUUUCAUUGGGGAACUCAAGUAGAGAAUAUUGAAAGGUACGAAGAUGUAAAAAGUUUUUCAGCAGUGAUUCGGCCUGGUUUCAGACACCAGGGCACAUAUACUGGAAUUAAACAUGGGUGUGAGGAAGGCUCUUCCCUGAAGAUGUGUGUCCACUUCUGCGUAAGAAUACUUAGACUGGAAAGAGCCUGGUGAAUAAAACUAAUUGGUGUGAGGGAUCAUUGUUUUACAGGAGUAAACCCUUACUACAGUCUAAACUUGUGGCUAGAAUCAUGAAGAGAAGCUUUGAGCAGGAGCUUUACCUGUUUUAUUUUCCUUAUAUUAGCAAAGCUAUGAGGUGAGAGGUCCCACACAGUGUUUCACCCCCACAUAAAUCACAAUUUUUUUAGGUUUUUCUCUUUGAAGGUAUUUCUGUGUUAUGCUCCUGCCAGAACGUGAGUAGUUUAUGUCAGGAGGGGGAACUGAACACGGAAGUGGCUGGUGAAUGAACAAGCUUGUCCAGAAAUGGAAACAAACUUCCAAGAAAUGUGAUGUUUUAGUUCUUGAAAAAAAAAAAUAAGUUUACAUUAUCACCCUCUCCCUCCAUUGUUCUAUUUUGUUUCUGUAAUUAGGAAGGUUUUAUUUCCAUGUUGCAAAUGCUUAGUGCAAGGUUUACUGAGAUUGUAACCAUGUAAAGAUAAGUGCACAUUGUUGCAGAUGGAAAAUGGAGAAAUAAGUGGUUUUCUUUGGAGGCCGGGAAGUAUGGUGAUUUUUUUUCCCCUUUUACAAAUCCUACAUUGUUGGUAUAAAUAAUUUCAUAAUGAAUAAAAAGAUAAAG